GCGAAAAAUAUUAGUAGUUUUUAAACCUCGCUGCAUGCAACAUCCAGGCUAGUCUAGGAUCCCAUGAACUCCUUGAAGUACCUGACGAUGGUCACCCGUAGCAAUCAGGUCGCCAGCAUGAAGAAGUUAGUCGUAGUCAUCUUGUUCUCUAGUUCUCUAGUUCUAUCAGAUCCUGUUCCCAACCCAGAUGCAAACCCUGAUCCACAAAUAAACUCUCUGCUGACCGACAGAGCUCUAGCCGGCCAUCCACUGGCUCUCGGCGGCCAUCCACUGGGACAUCCGGUCAUGCACGCCAGCCACAAUAGUAUUUCGGCGGCCACCGCUGCGGCUAGGAAUCCGCAUUCUGGACUUCCUUUUCUACAUCCGGUUUUACAUCCGACACUUCCCAUUCCUUCCAUUCAACCAACACUGCAGUCCCAUGUGCCUGUUGGAGCUUGUCGUCUUAUCUGUUCAAUUCUUGAUUUAUUAGUGUUUAAUCCUGCCUUUUCAACCUUUAUAUCCCUGGUAAAAGCUGGAAAUCUUAUAUCCCUACUCUCCCAGCCUGGUCCAUUAACAGUAUUCGCUCCAACAAACGAUGCUUUUGAUUUAAUUCCGGCUCCACAAUUCCAGGCUCUUUUAGGGGACCCCGUCGGCUUGAAAACCCUUCUUUUAAAGCACAUGACCAGAGGUGUUAUUCACUCUAUUGAUUUACCCGCUGGGGCGGUUCCGUUGAUUACCGGUGCUGGGGAGCGGGUAACGGUUACCAAGCUACCAACUGCCGUCACAAUAACGAGUACUAGCGGUAUUUCCCGGAUUGUUGAAGCGGAUAAUGAAGCUAGUAACGGCAUCAUUCAUGUGGUCGACAAAGUGUUUUAAUUAUUCAAUUUUUAAACAUUUUCAUAAUAAACUAAUAUAUUUUUCGAUUGUCAA